GAUUCAGGAGAACAGUCAGUGGAGAAUACACAAUCGUUUGACAUAUAAACAAAAACAAAUAAUUCAAAGUGAGCGACUCGCUAGCAAAUGAUUUUAUUUUCAAUGGAUGGAAUCACUUGGGAGCAAUUUUUAAAGGAUAUCAAAGUCAUUCACGAUAUUUCACAGCGACUUAAUGACAACUGGGAAAUUAUUUCUGUCAAUGAUGAUAUUGCCGGCACAUACCUUGUGAAGACAAAUUUGUUGCAGUUGACGAUUGACGAAGACGCAGAUGAAAGUAAUGGAAAAGAUGGCAUCGAUUUUAAGGAAGAAGAACUAUUGUCGUACGAUUCACCAACAGAAGCGGCAUUGAACCACAACGACAACAAAAAGCAGUUGAUUAAAUUCGAAUAUCAUGUGUUGUAUCACAUAAGCUACGGUGUUCCUUAUUUAUGCUUCAAUGCGCAUAAAUCAAAUGGAUCCCUUUUGACACUAGAUGAAUCAUGGAAAAUAUUUAACGAUCUGAAUCCAAGGUCAGCUAGCCCAAUUCGAGAGAAUAUGUUGAAUAUUUUAACCCAGAUGGAACAUCCAGUAUUAUUCAAACCGUUUCUGACUUUGCAUCCGUGUCGAAUAGCCGAUAUACUUCGCUCUCUACCUCAUAGUCAAAACAAAGUGCUUAGUUUUUUAAGUACAUACGGUCCAACAGUGUACCUAACAUUCGAUUUAGAAUAUGCACAACAAUUCAAUCAAAUAGAAAAAAUGCCACCGAACUAAAUAAAUGAUUGAAUCGAAAA